UCCAAGUGAACCGUUCGUCAUGGCACCUAAGGGCUCGAAGACUACUAAGAAGGGAAAGACUCUUCCCGCUGUCCCCCAGAUCGGCAAGGCCGAGAAGGCUAAGGCCCCUGCUCACGGAAAGUCUAUCCUUCCCGAGAAGAAGACUCGUUCCUUCGGCAUCGGCCAGGACAUCCAGCCUCGUCGUGACCUCACCCGUUACGUGAGGUGGCCCAAGAACGUCAACCUUCAGCGCAAGAAGGCUAUUCUCAUGCAGCGCCUGAAGGUCCCACCGAUGAUCAACCAGUUCACCAACACCUUGAACAAGAACCAGGCCACUCACGUUCUCAAGUUCUUGGCCAAGUACCGCCCCGAGACUCCCGCUGACAAGCGUGCCCGUCUUAUGGCCAUCGCUAAGGCUAAGGAGGCCGGUGAGGAGACCACCCAGACCAAGCCUACUGCCAUUGCCUAUGGUCUCAACAAGGUUACCUCUCUUGUGGAGCAGAACAAGGCUAAGCUCGUUGUGAUCGCCUCUGAUGUCGAUCCCAUUGAGCUCGUCGUGUGGCUCCCCACUUUGUGCCGCAAGAAGGACGUCCCCUACUGCAUCAUUAAGGGCAAGUCUCGUCUUGGUCAACUCGUUGGUAAGAAGACUGCCGCUGUGGUUGCCGUGACUGAGGUCGGUAAGGAGGAUGCCGCCGCUUUGGAGACCAUCCAGAAGACCAUGCACGUCCAGUACAACGAGAACACUGAUAUUCGUCGUCACUGGGGUGGUGGAAUUAUGGGCCAGAAGUCCAACGACGUCAUCGCCAAGCGUGAGAAGGCUCUUGCUGAGGAGGCUGCCAAGAAGAUGGCUAUCGCCGCCUAAGGAGAUUCUCUGCUAGGAAGGUUGAGUUCGGUUCAACUCGGGUGUU